GUUACCAGUCUUGUGAGUGAGAUACUUAACUAUAAAAAUGUUAGAAUUUAACAGCGGUAGUCAUUGAAACUUCAGUAUGAAGCAUAUAAAGAUCGAGCUGUUACUGUUGCUGCAAGUUGUUUCGUGUACUUCAGGUACAACUGUAGAUUAUAGCAGUGUUACAACUGAAGUGUCGGGAAGUAAUGUUACAAACCAUUUCAUCAGCCCCGGCGGGGUGCAGAACAUUACAUCACCCGGUUAUCCUAGCAACUAUGGUAACAACGUGCAUUAUGAGUGGAACUUGCUUACAUAUCCAGGAGAUUAUAUAAAACUUGAAUUCAUUGAUUUUCGACUUGAAUCCUUUUACGACUAUGUUGUUGUAGAGAGCAGUGGUGUGACGCUGGUGCAUCAAAGUGGGAACACUCCACCGCAACCAGUUGUUUCACUAAAUAAUAGCAUGGUUAUCACCUUCACCUCAGACACCUCUGUAACGUUUAGAGGUUUCAAUGCUAAAGUUUCUGUCAGACAUAACCAAGAUGGCGAUAUAUACACAGAUUUUCAAGCAGGAUUUGGGGGCUGGACACACGGGGUCGGUGAGAUGAGUUGGAGACGAUUAUCUGGAAACACCCCCUCCUAUAACACAGGUCCGACCAAUGGCCACUCAGGAUUGGAUGAUGAUUUCUAUUUAUAUAUAGAGACAUCAUCAACACACACAUAUGGCGAUAAAGCACGCAUCAUAAGUCCUACUCUACAGAGUAAAUGGACGGACUUCUGUGUGCAGUUUUACUACCACAUGUACGGGGCAAGCAUAAACGAACUGAAAUUGUGGUAUCACUUUACCUAUUAUGCUAGUGUUUCUAACUGGUUCAGGCAAGGAAGCCAAGGCGACAAAUGGCACUAUGGGUACACUAAUUUCAGAAACGACUACUACCAUUAUGAUGACGUAAACAAUUAUGUGUAUUUUGAUGCCGUGGCUGGCAAUACCUACACAGGUGAUAUUGCUAUUGAUGAUAUCUUUAUCAGUGGGGGCGUGUGUCAUGAAAACCAGGAUUCGACUACUUCUCCGACUUACUUGUGGCAAACAACCGAUGCAGCUGUUCCCUCGACUAACUGGAGAAAAACAACAGAUGCAGCUGUUCCUUCGACUAACUGGAGAAAAACAACAACAGAUGCAACUGUUCCUUCGACUAACCGGAGACAAACAACAGAUGCCAGCUCUCCCAUUACAGAUUUGGUUCAAUCAGAUGUGAUCUGCGACGACUCGUAUAUGACAGUAUAUAUCGGUGAUAGUACCCUGGUCGACGUAACUUAUUUCCCACCACAUUUGAUCGAUUCAGAUUGCACAACAUUUUACAAUACUUACAAAAACGGAAUGUAUUGGUUAGUCUUUGUCACUAGGUACGAUAGAUGCGGAACAACAGUGAAUUUUCUAGAUGACUUAGUCGAGUACUCGAAUGCAGUUUAUUACAAAGAAGUGGGUAACAGCACCAUAAUUUCAAGGGAAACUCAACAUGUACUUCCAGUUAAGUGUAAACUUAAAAAUUCUGGCAGAUCUUCAAUCAACUUUGACCCACAAGAGGUCCAACUCCUAGGGGAUGACGUGGAAGGAAGUGGGAACUUCUCUUUCACGUUAGACAUGUAUAGAGAAAGUAAUUUCAGCACACCAUACGGCAACAAUGAUUAUCCAGUGGUUGUAGAUAUUGCGCAGACGAUCUAUAUGGGAGCCCACGUGACAUCUUACACGGGAGACAUCAAGUUAUACAUUGAUUAUUGUGUCGCUACGCCAAGUUCAGACGAAAAUGCCUCACCAAAAUAUGACCUUAUCGAAAACAGUUGUCCUUCCGAUGAUACAACAGAUUUUGACGAGUAUAAAGGUGACAGAACCAACGUUUACUUUUCAUUCGAUUCAUUCAGAUUCGUGGAGCACGAAGUACUGGUUUAUGUGCACUGCAAAAUGUCUGUUUGCAACGCAACUGAUCCAGCGUGUAGUCGAGCGUGCAAUCAGCGUACUAAACGCGCUGCCUUCGAGUCCUACAAGAAUCAAAGAUUGACCCAAGGUCCAUUCUUAAUUCGCCGAGAUUUUUCACGAGAGCACGCUUUUUCUGUAGAUGAUCCAAGCGUCUCGGGGAGCCAAGCGAAAAUUCCAAUCAUAGCGGUAUUCUUUUUUGUGAACUUUCUGUUUUUCGUUGGUAUCGCUGUGUAUAAAACUAAGAGACGUAGAACACCUAAAAUGCAUUAUGAGUGUGAGCAGCCUCUUCUUGAAUAAAGCUCAUGAUAGUUUAAAGUUUUAGAGAGUGUGGAGAGAAUGUAUCUUGAUUUAAUCAGCCAUUAAACUUUUAAUUUGAAAAUCAAA